AUGGCUGGUGCUUUAGAAAAUGCUCGUAAGGAGAUGAAUCGUCUUUCUUUAGACGCCGGAGAAUCACAGUAUGGCCAAAUCUACUCAGUAGCAGGACCGGUUAUCGUUGCAGAAAACAUGAUUGGAUGUGCUAUGUACGAAUUAGUCAAGGUUGGACACGAUAACUUAGUCGGAGAAAUUAUUCGUAUUGCAGGAGACAAGGCCACUAUUCAAGUUUAUGAAGAAACUGCAGGUGUUACUGUCGGUGACCCUGUCUUGAGAACUGGUAAACCAUUAUCUGUUGAGUUAGGUCCAGGUUUGAUGGAAACCAUUUACGAUGGGAUUCAAAGACCAUUGAAAGCAAUUAAAGAAAAGUCACAAUCCAUUUAUAUUCCAAGAGGUAUAGAUGCCCCAGCAUUAUCGAGAACUGCUCAAUACGACUUCACACCUGGUGAAUUGAAAGUUGGUGAUCAUAUAACUGGUGGUGAUAUUUUUGGAUCCAUUUUCGAAAACUCAUUAUUAGAUGACCAUAAAAUCUUAUUACCUCCAAGAGCAAGAGGUACAAUCACUUCCAUCGCAGAAAAGGGCUCGUACACUGUUGAAGACCCUGUAUUGGAAGUUGAGUUCGAUGGUAAGAAGCAUUCCUACUCUAUGAUGCAUACUUGGCCGGUCAGAGUCCCAAGACCCGUUGCUGAAAAAUUGGCUGCUGAUCACCCUUUGUUAACUGGUCAAAGAGUCUUGGAUUCCUUGUUCCCUUGUGUUCAAGGUGGUACCACUUGUAUCCCUGGUGCCUUCGGUUGUGGUAAAACUGUCAUUUCACAAGCCAUUUCUAAGUUUUCCAACUCUGAUUUUAUGGUCUACAUAGGAUGUUUCGCUAAGGGAACUGAAGUUUUAAUGGCCGAUGGAUCCAAUAAGAACAUUGAAGAUGUCCAAAUUGGUGAAAGCGUCCUUGGUAAGGAUGGUGAAGCAAGAAAUGUCGUUGCAUUACCUCGUGGUCAUGAAACCAUGUACGAAAUUAAGGAAUCAAGUCCUGAAGAAGAAGCUGAUAUUGCUAGAAUUGCUUUCACUUGUAAUGCAAAGCAUGAGUUGGUUGUCAGCACUAAGCAAGAUAUUGCAAUUGAUCAAAAUUGUGUUACCUAUUUUGCGCUUGAAUCUGUUACAGACGAAGGUCGUGAAUUCUCUAUGGUUAAAUCACAUACUAAGUCUUUCGAUGACAAUUUAAUGGCUAAGAAGUUUGCAAACACGAUUUCAAAGAACUCUAUUAAUUGGACUAUCGAAGCUCGCGAUGUUAACCGCAUGAGCCACGAUGUUCGUUAUGCUACUCAACAAUCCUGGGCUCCAGUUCUUACCAGCAAGGAAGUAUUGGCUCCUGCCGUUCAAGAAGCAGGCUUCGAUGUAUCUACUGCGUCUAAGGUGUCUUACUUGCUUGGUCUCUGGGUUGGUAGUGGUUACUCUGAUCGUGUCCAAUACUUGAUCGAUGGCAAAAACACAGGACUUGUUGACCGUAUUCGUGAAUAUGACGAAGCUAUAGAAAACACUAGCCAAACCUCAAACAAGACUGUUGAUUUCUUAUGGAAUGUUAUUAACUCUAUGGGUUUCACAGACUCAAAAUCUGGAAAAGCAAUUCCAUCAUUCCUCCGUACUGAAUCCUUUGAAGUUCGUGAACAGUUCCUUGCUGGUCUUAUUGACUCUGAUGGUACUGUAAAGAAGAACCCUCUUUCCGCUUUAGUGAAGACUGAGCAUUCGAAGGUAGGGGAAGGUGUUAUUGCCGUUUCUCGUUCUCUUGGUAUCUGUACUUCAGUAAAGACAGAAGGUGAAAGCUACAUUGUUGAAAUGACUGGAAAUGCUGCUUUAGAAUCUGUUCUUGGCAAAUGUGCUCUCGCUGAGAAAACCACCCCAUUACCAAGUCAUCUUACCCGUACUGGUCAAAACUUCGAUUUCUCAGUAAAGGAAAUUGAAGCUGCUGAUUACUAUGGUGUCACUCUUCCAGAAAAUUCUGAUCACCAAUUUAUGUUAGCCAAUCAAGCUGUUGUACACAAUUGUGGUGAAAGAGGUAACGAAAUGGCUGAAGUAUUAAUGGAAUUCCCAGAAUUGUACACUGAAGUUAAUGGUCGUAAGGAACCAAUUAUGAAGCGUACUACCUUAGUGGCCAAUACCUCUAAUAUGCCGGUCGCAGCUAGAGAAGCAUCGAUUUACACUGGUAUUACGUUAGCAGAAUACUUGAGAGAUCAAGGUAAGCAUGUUUCUAUGAUUGCUGAUUCUUCGUCUCGUUGGGCUGAAGCUUUAAGAGAACUUUCUGGUAGAUUAGGUGAAAUGCCUGCUGAUCAAGGUUUCCCAGCUUACUUGGGUGCCAAGUUAGCUUCGUUUUAUGAACGUGCUGGUAAGGCUGUUGCCUUAGGUUCACCAGACAGAAUUGGAUCUGUUUCGAUUGUUGCAGCUGUUUCGCCAGCUGGUGGUGAUUUCUCUGAUCCUGUCACCACCUCGACUUUAGGUAUUACUCAAGUUUUCUGGGGUUUGGACAAGAAGUUAGCCCAAAGAAAGCAUUUCCCAUCUGUUAACACAUCUAUUUCUUACUCCAAAUAUACCAAAAUUUUGGAUAAGUACUACGAUUCUAACUAUCCGGAAUUCCCUUCUUUGAGAAACAAAAUCAAAGAAAUUUUGUCUACUGCUGAAGAAUUAGAACAAGUUGUUCAAUUAGUCGGUAAAUCUGCUUUAUCUGAUUCCGAUAAGAUUACUUUGGAUGUUGCUAACUUGAUCAAGGAGGAUUUCUUGCAGCAAAACGGUUACUCUACUUAUGAUCAAUUCUGUCCUAUUUGGAAGACAUUCGAUAUGAUGAGAGCUUUUACCUCUUACCAUGAUGAAGCUCAAAAGGCUGUUGCUAAUGGUGCUCAAUGGGGUAAAUUAUCUGAAGCUACUGCUGAAGUCAAGCAUGCUGUUUCAUCAUCUAAGUUCGUUGAACCUUCCGAAGGUGAAGAAAAGGGUAAGAAAGCAUUCAGCGAAUUGUUGACUAGCAUUUCUGAAAAAUUCGCCGAAGCAUCAGAAUAA